AUGUCAAUAUCUGCAAUUCCAUACCGGGAAUUUCUUCAUGAGAAAGAAGCCGAGUUCUUUGCCUUGAUUGAUCAAGGCACCAUUUCCCCGUGGCUGUUCCCGCAUGACUUCCUCGUGCUGGUCAUCCCUAUUUUGGUCCUGCUGAUUCCCGUCAAAGGCCAGUCAUGGGUCAUCAAGGCCAGAUACUCAGCAUUCGGACUCGUAUGCUCCCUUGCCAUCAAGAGCCUGCUGCACACACGUUGUCUGACUGGCGGAGGCACCGUAAUUGGCUUCUACUAUGUCUUUAUUAUCAUCUGGAGUGCCAUCUUCCUUCUCCUCAAGGAUGUCCAGAAAGAUUGCUUCCGGAUUGAGAGGUCUUCAUCAAAUGGGACCCUCUAUUGGCAAGGCUAUCCAGACUCGAUAUGCCACCGACUGAGCUGGCUACUGGAUAUGUUCAGCAGUCUGCGCGGUGCAGGCUGGAACUGGAGGAUCCCUGGUCUACCUCCUCUCCCAAAGAUCAGUCAGACAUCCACAGACGGCAGGAAGCUACCUCAGUACGGGACAUCCUCGAAUCUCGUUCGGAUCUCGUUUCUGAGGACAGCCCGCUACUACCUCCUUAUGGAUAUCUUGAAAGUCCUCACCAUGCUGGACCCUUACUUCUGGGGGCUCAUUGAUGCUGCUCCUCUCUACCCUCUUGAUCAGAUAUAUCGCUUCUCGCCGGCACUCCUCAGGCUCUUCCGCACAGUGGUAUCAGUCCUCUGGAUUCGCACGGUAAUGGCGUAUAUAGCCUCCAUGGUGCCUCUCAUCAUCAGUCUAGCUCUCACUGUCUGUCCGAGUCUUAUCAAAUGGACUCGUGUACCUCUCAACGCACCAUGGCUAUACCCUCCUUUGUUCGAGAGCUUUUACAAUUUCGAACCAGUCUUCGACUAUGGUCUUGAAGGGUGGUGGGGAAGACGUUGGCAUCAGGCAUACCGAUAUGCAUUUUCAGAGACGGCGCGUCACUUCGUCUCCUGCAACUUCAAAAACAACGAUACGGCCAGAUUUCUGAGGCAUUCUAUCGCUUUUAUGUUGAGUGGACUGGUUCAUUUCUGUGCUAUUCAUACGCAUUUUGUCCCCGCAGAUUCUGUGCACCUCGGAGCCUUACUCUUCUUCAUGCUUCAACCGUUGGGUAUGCUCUUUCAGAGAAAGUUACGAGCAGUGUUAUUCUCGGAACGAAGCAUUUGCUGGAGAUGGUUCAACCUCAUCUCGACAUAUGCGUGGUUAUACCUUGUUAUCGCACCUUUUUGUGACGAACUGGCUGCCGCUGGGACAUGGGCAUAUGAUGAGCCUUGUCCGAUCAGUAUUAUUCGAAGAUUAGGCUUGAUUGAGGGUGAGGGCUGGUUGGUAGGAACGAGAAGGUAUGUUCGGGUUUGGACAGGGGAGAAGUGGUGGCAGACAGGGAUUCAGAUUCUUUGA